AUGAGAUUCACAUUCCAGAAUAGAAUGUUGAGUAUAGUUAUUUUGUCAUUAUAUAUCUCAAUUACGACAGCGCUUAAUUUAACUGCGGGAGAUAAAGAUUCUGUGUGUGAAGCAGCAAAAUAUGUCGUUCAAGGGGAACUUAAUUAUUACGAAGGUAUCAAGUAUGGAGGUACAGUAGGGGAGUUUGCAAGUCCAAAUUAUUGGUGGAAUGCUGGUGAAGCAUUUGGAGGGUUGUUGGACUACUACACAUUUUGCGAAAGUGAUAACAAAACAUUGAAAAGUUUGAUAUAUGAAGGUAUGUAUCAUCAGGCUGGUGAAUCAUAUAAUUAUAUUCCAUCGAACCAAUCUAUGGUGGAAGGUAAUGAUGAUCAAGGUGUUUGGGGUUUGGCUGUUAUGGAGGCAGUUGAAAGAAAUUUUACCGAUCCAACGGAACAUAGUUGGCUAUCAAUGACACAGGCCAUUUUCAACACUAUGGAGGCUAGAUGGGACACAUCGCAUUGUGGAGGUGGUUUGAGAUGGCAGAUUUUCACCUGGAACUCGGGUUACGAUUAUAAAAAUUCUAUUGCCAAUGGGUGUCUCUUUAAUAUUGCUGCUCGUUUAGCUAGAUAUACCAGAAAUGAGUCGUAUGCGAAAGUUGCAGAAAAAGUAUGGGAUUGGAUGGAAGAUGUUGGAUUCAUGACCUCAGAUGGAGAUGAAUUGGUUCUCCAUGAUGGGGCAAAGAUUGGUGAUAACUGUACUGAUGUAACCGAUAAAAAAUGGUCUUAUACAUACGGUAUAUUUAUUGCUGGAUGUGCGUACAUGUACAACUAUACUGAAGAUAGUGUUUGGUUAGACAGGACUCAUGAAAUUAUUGAGGCUGCCAACAACUAUUUUUUCAAGAACGAUAUUAUGUACGAGACUACAUGUAUGCCUGAUCAUUGUAAUAACGAUCAAAGAUCAUUCCAUUCAUUAUUUGCACGUUGUCUUGGAAUUACUACUGUUUUGGCUCCGGACACUGUUUCGUUACUUCAAGACAAACUUGAAAAAAGUGCAGAGGCUGCAGCUCAAUCGUGCUCUGGUGGUUCUGACGGUGUUACAUGUGGUGAAGACUGGACGCAUUCUGGUUGGGAUGGAAUAUAUGGCUUAGGUGAACAAAUGUCUGCAUUAGAAGUAAUGCUUGCUACAAUUGUCGGAGACUUCACAGUAUAUACCAAAAAUAAUGGAGGAAGUUCAAAGAGUGAUCCAACAGCAGGAACAAAUACUGAAGAUGAAGUUAACAAGAACGUCUUGAAUAUUUCAACAAAGGAUAAAGCUGGUGCUGGUGUAUUGACUGCUGUUGUGUUAGGGAUUGUAUUGGGUGGUUCUGCGUGGAUGGCCAUUUAA